UUUUAUUGUGAAACCAGAGAUGGCUGGAAAACUGAAUAAAUUCGAAAACCCCAGUUCCGCUAGCUCAGAUAGGUAAACCGUGUGGGCUUAACCUUAUUUAUUGUUUGUUUGUACAGCUGUCUCACGUCAACAGAUUUUAGCAAGGAUUUUGCAGUGCUAGUUCGCUCGUAUAUGAAUUUACUCACCAAUAUUGAUGAGUAAACAAAUGUUAAUAUUAACAACAUUCUUGGUAUCGAUGUCUUGUGCUACUUUCAGUCAUAACUCAUAACCUCCGCAAAACGCAUUGUGUUUUAUUUUUAGACAUUUAUUUAGUACAUUGGCAUUGCUUUGCGCUAAAUAAUCGAGCGUGAAUCACACACGUGUUCAGGACUACAGCCUUAACCCGUGACACAUGAAAAAAUUUACGUGAACAAAAAUGGAAGCAAUUUCUAGAACCACAAUAAACGCUGAUACAGAGCUGGCGAUAGAGAUCAGCGACCCUGUUUUCGACGAUGAUGACUACACCCGUGCCCCGGCGUCGCCCACCACAGUGCCCAACGUCAGGCCCUUCAGACCGCCGUCUACUGGCUCAAACAUACUCAAAUCACCGCGCGCGCGGCGCGUGCGCACAUCCUCCAUGUCGCAGUCCAACAAGCGGACCGCGGCAGAGAGUAUACUGCAUGCUGACAGACGCACCAUCUACACCGCCGGCCGCCCGCCCUGGUACAACUGUACCGGCGGCCAGGAGGUCGAGCCCUUCCUCAUAGGAAUUUGUGGUGCAAGUGCAUCGGGAAAGACCACAGUGGCGACGAAAAUCAUCGAAUCUCUCAACAUACCCUGGGUCACCAUCGUCAGUAUGGACUCCUUUUACAAGGUACUGAACGAGAAACAACAUCAAGCGGCGAUGCGUAAUGAGUACAACUUCGAUCAUCCGGACGCCUUCGAUAUAGAGCUUCUGAUAUCCGUACUCCAGCGACUCAAGGAGGGCAAGAAGGUGGAAGUACCGAUAUACAACUAUGUUACACACUCGAGAGAGAAUAGGACGAAAACAAUGUAUGGCGCGAACGUGAUAAUAUUCGAGGGUAUACUCGCGUUCUACAGCGCCGAGGUCGUCGAGAUGCUAGACAUGAAGGUGUUCGUCGACACCGACGCCGACAUACGGCUGGCGAGGCGGCUGAGGAGGGACAUAGUACAACGCGGUCGCGACUUAGAAGGAGUCCUCAAACAGUAUCUGACAUACGUGAAGCCGGCUUACCAGAGCUACAUUGCGCCGAGCAUGGCUCACGCCGACAUAAUCGUGCCGAGGGGUGGCGAGAAUAAAGUCGCCAUAUCGCUCAUAGUGCAGCAUGUGCAUAAGCAGUUGCAGUUGCGCGGUUUCAAAGUCCGUGAGAAGCUGGCUGUGGCGCACUCCGGGCAGCCCGUGCCCGACUCGCUCUACGUGCUGAAAGAUACGCCACAGGUACAAGGUCUUCACACGUUUAUACGCAACAAGGACACGCCGCGCGACGAGUUUAUAUUCUACUCCAAGCGGCUCAUGAGACUCGUGAUCGAGUUCGCCCUGUCCUUACUGCCGUAUUCGCCUAGAGCUGUUGACACUCCACAAGGCUUCACAUAUGAAGGGCGCAAAUGCGACGUGGACCUAAUAUGUGGCGUAUCAAUUCUCCGAGCGGGCGAGACUAUGGAACAAGCUGUCUGCGACGUUUGCAAGGACAUACGCAUCGGCAAAAUACUCAUACAGACGAACCAACUGACUGACGAACCAGAGCUAUACUAUCUCCGACUGCCGAAAGACAUAAAGGACUACAGGGUAAUACUAAUGGACGCUACUGUGGCGACUGGCGCGGCAGCCAUUAUGGCUAUAAGAGUGCUGUUGGACCACGAUGUACCGGAGAGCAAUAUUAGCUUGGUCAGUCUGUUGAUGGCGGAGAUAGGCGUGCAUUCGAUUGCGUAUGCGUUUCCACAGGUAAAAAUCAUAACUUCAGCUCUCGAUCCAGAGAUCAACGAGAAAUUCUACGUCCUACCCGGUAUAGGUAACUUCGGCGAUCGCUACUUCGGUACAGAACCCGGCGAUGAAGAGUGAGCUAUAGGUAUAGUAUACUUGUAUAAUGUAUAUUGUAUACCACAGACAUAGAUCUAGAUAGAUAACGCAUGUGUAUGUACUUUGCAUGCCAUAUCGCGCUUCCAAACGACAAGCAGCACUCGUCUUUCGUAAGUCUGUUCUUUAGUCUGCUAUCGGAAUCG